AUGUACAAUCUUCGCAUACUUGUCAUCUAUUUUCCAAUAAACAAAUGGCUUAAUUCAAAGUAUAUCAAAAAUCUUUUAGAAUCAUCUGAUGACAUUUUAUUAAAAUUGGGACAAACUGAUGAAUCUGUGAACUUCACACAACAACAGAUCAAACAAUUACAUGAAGCUCAAAAACAAGAAGCUUUUCAUCAAUAUAAGCUCCAAAUUAGUCUCUUGAAAAAUCCCGAAGCAACUCCGAAUGUUAUUACAACAAUAUGGAAUAGUACUACUAGUAAUUGUAAUACUAGUUCUAUAUUUCAGGCUCCUGAUGCUAUUCAUUUCUUAGCUGACGAAAGAAUCCUCAAGUUUCAUGUGAUAGAAAUUGGAUUCAUAGUUGAUCCAGAUUUUUCUAAUGUUGCUGAAGAAUUUUUCAUGCAAUCCAAACAACCUCAUUCGGCAAUACAAUGGGAAUUUAUUUCAAAUGUGAAACAUUAUCUUUCUGAUGUUAUAUUGGAUCAAAUUAAACAAUUCGAAGAA